AUGCAAACUGUCCACCAUCUUUCAACUGUGGAUCUCUUGGCCUCAUUCAGUUUCUUUUCACAACCGCACUGCGGCGUGUUGGCCUUACGUGGCUGUCAAGAACACGACCCAUCUGCCCCUAACACCGUCCAACUAACCACCACAACAUCAACAUGGUACACUGUUCACUGGGUUGAACCUCGUACCAUAAUAAUCCAAGUGGCCCACCUCUUUAACACCAUGUUCCACGAUUCAGCUGGCAAUACAAGGAUAGCGUACAACCCAUCCCUUUCAAUUUUUAUCAGCAAAGGAAAAUUCUAUUGCGCCAAAGGGGGUAGAAGUUGGGUGGUGAAAAAUCUGAAUAUGAUACUAGCAGUCGGACCAGGUUCUAAAGGAGCUUUGGUUUAUGAGUUUAUGUCUAAGGGAUUUGAAGAAAAUGCCCAAUUGACAGAAAGUAUGGUUUCAAUAUUUGGUGCUAGAGGAACAGCAGGCUACAUUGCUCCAGAAGUUUUUUCUAGAAAUUUUGGUGUAGUAUCACAUAAGUCGGAUGUUUACAGUUAUGGAAUGAUGAUCUUGGAAAUGAUUGGAGGAAGAAAGAAUUUUAAAGAUGAAGUAGAUCCAUCAAGUGAAAACAUACUUUCCUGA